AUUGAAGGAAUCUUACAGAAACAGAACGUGAAUUUGAUUUAUGUGACCGAUAUGUGCUACACUGCAAUUUGUUAAUUAAAGCCUGGCAUAAACCUGUAUGAUCAUAGUCCUAAUGAUAAGAAUGAACACUUACGAAGACAAGCUGUGCUAAGCAAGAUAUUAAAAAGAGCAUGGGCAUGUAGGAGCACCAAUUAUGAGACAUUACAAGGUGUAAAUGGGAAAAUGGAGUUGCAGCAUGAAGUUAAAUUCUUCAUUAGUUUGUACCAUCAUGGCAGAAAAUUCCACAACUAAUUACAAGAAAACUGUGGGAAUCAAUUCCCUGUAUAAAAGUCCAGAAGCUUACAACCAAGCUGUUUUCUUGAUGAAGGUUGGUAAGUUACAAAACAAAUCAUCGGAUAUUCAUAUUAUAUUCUUAUUGCAUUAUUUUCAGGUGUAAUUCAU